AUGUAUCUUAAGAGAUAUUCAAUUCAAACCAUUAGCUUUUAGCAUUAACUAUAAAUAUACGAUUAUUUUAAUGGGAACCUUUUAGUUUAAAGCGAUUUAAAUUUUGGAAAAACUUUCAAUAUUCUAUAUUAUGAUCCAGAUGCUCAUGUCUUAGCACUCUAUGAAUCAGAUAAAAAAAUGUCUGAAAAUAAUCAAUUUUCAUUAGUUUUCAUUUAUAAUUAUUUUGAAUUUAAGCUCAUUCCACCUAAAGGCUAAAGUAAAAAUAAUAAAGCAGAUACUAUAUUAGAAGACAUAGACAAUAUGCAUCAUUUUACUAUCUUCAAUCAACCUUUAAUAUGCAGGAUUGAUUUCAUUAACAGCUUUUUUAUUUGCGAUGAAUAUUACAAAGUAAACUUGUCUAAAUAAAUAAUAACUCUUGACUAUCCUCUCACAAGUGAAAUAAAUUAGUAUUAAGAUUAGGUACUCAAUAUUUUUUAGAAAGCAACAAAUUAAACAUAAAAAUCUUCUGAGGAAUUCUUUGUAUCAUCAAAAGAUUUUUUAUUAUUACACAAUGGUAUAAAAGGAAGGAAAUUUUAUAUGGAAAUUGAUUGCAUGAUUAGAGAAAGCAAUAAUUUUAUAAUAAAUAGGAUUGAAUCUUUCUUUAUUUGUAUUAGCAUUGAUAAUUAAAUAAUAAAUAUCUAUUCUUUUCUACCUAAGCCAAAACUAAAUUAGGAUAAUCAACUUCUAUCUUACAAGCUUUUGAGAUCCUUUUAAGUAUAAGAGUACAUCUAGGACUACAAAUUUUUCUUCUUUAAAAACAGUGUACUUGUGUCAAUUAAUCAUACUAUCAAUGUUUAUAACACAGAUGCAAUUGUUUCAAGCAAAUAAGAUACAAAAAUAAAACCUAUAAUUCAAUAAGUAGAUGGAGAGAUUAUAUUUAUAGACUCAGACCAAUAAACUAUUCUUACAUAUAACAAAAAUAUUUAUCAAAGGAUAUGGCUUAAUGGAUAUAUUGAGGUGUGGAAUUUAGAUAAAUUUGAUGAUAUGGAAAUUGUUGAAUAUGUCAGUUCAUUUAAAGACGAAUUAGAUAAUUCUAUUAUUUUUGUAGGGAAGAUAUAAAUAAAUAUUGACAAUUAUUUUAAAUAACUUAAAUAACGCUAUCAUAAAGAAGAGAAUAAGAAAUAAUAUUAAGAUUAAGAUUCAAUCAGCUAAGAUAGUAAAAUAGUUGAUGAUGAAAUAGAGGAAGAUAUUUAAUAAUUAAAGCAAAAGAUAAAGAUUUAAUAAGAACGAGGAUACUAAUUGUUUUAAACUUUCACUAUAGGUAUUGACAGAAAUACUCUAGAAAAAAAAUUUUAUUUAAGAAGCGACUAUAGAUGUUUUGAUGCAUAAAAUUUGAUAGAAGUUUAGCAUUUUGAUGCUGCUAAUCAAUAAUAUUUCCUUAUAACUUCUUGUUCACAUUUAAUUGUUUAAUACAAAAAAUAAAUAAGCGAAGAAGUAUAUCAUAACUUUUAAGAUCAUUAAAAACUAAUAGUUAAAACUAUUUCUUAAAAAAACCUAAUUUUAUUUUACUAUACCUAAGGAAAAGGAGAUAUAUUUACUCAUAGUCAUUCUUCAAUAAAAUUAGUUAUAAAUAACUAAGUUCUAACAAAUUAAAUAUCUCCUCCACAUAGCAACUUUUUAAACAAUUAAUUGAUAAAUUAAUUGAUCGAAAUAUGUACUCAAAUAGAAGACUUCAUUAUUCUAUUCUAUUAGCAGGAUAUUUUAGUUUAUAGUUAUAGAUAGGAUAAUGAUAACAUAUAAUAAUAGUAAACUUUGAGUUUGAAAUCCUCGCAUAAGAUCCCUUACAACUUAUGUAAAUCAAAAAAAAUUGACUUUAAAAACGAUAAAUAUGGAAAUUUUUGGGCAAUAGCUUUGACUUUUUCCAAAAAUGAAAAUAUUUUAAGUGUGAUUGAUUUAUCAGAUAUUUAACAAGGUAUUAUAGACUUUCCUUUAGAAAUAUAAAUAAAAAAAAGCAUGGGCUGCAUAUCUGACUAAAAUGAUGAGUAAAAUUAUUUUAUAGAUUUCUAUACUAGAUAUAUAAUUGCCUAUGGAAGAUACAAACUAUGCAUUUUUAACAAUUUGGGAAACAUAAAAAAAGAAAUUGCUAUCAAUUAGAAAAUUAGCAUUGAAUUUAAUUAUUAAUAGCAUGUGCUUCUUUUUAUAGUUUAAAAAGGAGAAAUAAAUGAUUUAAAAAAUUUUGGAAUAAUUUAUGAUUACGUGCAUGAGAAAUCUACUGAAAUGAAGAUUGAAAAACUAAAUCCAGGAAUUAUAAGAUCUGUACGAAUGAUAAUUAUUGGAUACACAAUGAGUGAUAAUCUUAUUAGCUUCAUUUGCACGGAUUUAGAAAACUAGUAUGUCUAUAGCUAUACCCAUAUACUUAACAAACAGUACCUACCUAAAUACAAUUAAGCAAGUUUCUUAGAACGAAUUAAAUACACAAACGAGUGCUCACAAAAAACCUAAUCUUAUGAAAGAUAUUUUAUAAAGAGUUUUAUAUUUGAAGAAAAAAACUAUAUUGUAAAUAUCUAUUAUGAUUCAAUUCAAAUUUAUUAAAUAUCUAAGUAUCUUAAAAUCGUUCUUAGGCUUUUAUAUUGUAUCCUACCUGAAAACCAAGAAGAGAGCACUGUUAAACCUUAUAGAAAUUUUUUAGAUUUAAAAAUAUUUGAAACGUCCAUUGAGAGUUACUAUUGGUCUGAUAUAUAAGACAAUAAAGACCUUCAAGAAGAUGAUACUCUUUUAGUAAUGGCAAUAGUUUUUACAAAUCGAAUUACUUUAUACUAGUUGGAUCAAGAUAAUCACCCAGAAUUAAUUGCCUAUGCAACCUUUGACUAGCAUAUAAAUGAAAUUAUUGAAUUAUCAGAAAUUGGAAAACAGAUAAUUGUUUUAGUUGCUCGCAGUUAAAAUAAUCUAUACACGUAUAAGUUUCAUGUUAGAAAAAGACAGUAAAUUUGUUCUGUUGAUUGGUCAAGCUCUAAACAAGGAUAGUAUUUAAAAAAUAAAAAUGAUAUUGUAGAAAGAUCAAGAAUUAAUUACUUGUUCAACCAUUUAAAAUUUCCAUAAUAUUUCUAUCUAAAUCAUGGCUUACAAAAUACUAACUAAAUUUUAGAUUUAUCUUAUAUUAGCACUUUAAAAAAUAUAUAUCUCUACUAUCAAUCACUUUAAAAAUAUUAAAUGACUUAUAUAGACUUUGAAAAAAUAAACAACUAAGAGAUAUUUGCAAUCCAUUUUGAAUCUUUUGAGCUUAGUAUAAAUCAAUAUUAAAUACAGUUUAAUGAUUAUAAAUCUGUAGUACUAGAUAAUUUUGAAAUAAAAUUAGAUAAUAAUAUGGUUUAUUAUGGUUUUAUUACAAUUAAAAAUGUUAACUAUGUUUAAAUAUCGAAUUUCCGUCUAAAAGGAACAACAGAUUAAAGCAAUUAAAAUUAAGAAUAAUACAACCAAGGUAUAGGCUAUAUUUUUAAGUUCAUUAAUUGCAAGAAAGUUAAGAUAUUUAAUUUUUAGAUGAAAAAUUUUAAAUGGAGUUCAAUUAGCAGCUUUUUUAUUCUAGAAAGUAUAAGGGAUGUUUAAAUAGAGAAAUUUGAUGUAGAAAAUAAUAAGUUUAGAGGUUAUUUAAUAAGAUUGAAUUUUAUCAUAUCAGCUUAAAUAAAUCACUUAAUUUUCAAAUAAAAUAAAUAAAUUUCCAUUCUAGAUGUAGAUAAUGCUGAAGAACAAAGUACUGAAACAACUUAUGUCUACUUAUAUAAUUUUUUUUUUUCUAAUUCAUUUAUAGAGAGCAACGAGUUUAGCCUUACAAAUGUAAACUUUAAAUAUGGAGGAAACAUUAUCCAUAAGAAUAUUUAAAUAAACAACAACACCUUUUAAAAUCCAUAUUUGUUUUCUUUUAACCCAGAUAAAAUAAAAAUAAUAGAUACUAUUUUUGAUGGAAAUGUGCUUAUUUAAACUAAUUUAAUUGAUAUUUAAAAUGGUAAAAUUCUUUUAGAGAAGCUGAAGUUGUUUAAAAAUUUAUAAAAUGCUGUUUAGAACCAUCAUUACACUCUUCAAUAUGAGCAAAAUGCUCCUCAGUUCCCUAUUAUAUUAUUUAAAUCAUCUGCAAUCACGAUCUAUUAAUCAUAAUUCUAAGAUAAUGUUAUAUUUUUUAUGUUAAUUCUUGCUGAAAAUUCAUAAAUUUAAGUAGAUUAAUGUAAAUUUGUAAGUAAUUUUUGCAGAAAUUCAAAUAUGGGUUGUUGCUUAAGCACUUAAGAGUCUUCACUAAAUUUGAUUCAUUCUAUUUUUAUAGAGAAUUUAUCAGUAAGUGGGUCCGCUGGAAAGUUUUAUAAGUGUAUUGGAGAUAUUAAAAUUAAUGGCUGUUUGUUUCAGAUGAAUAAGGCUCAAUUUUAUGGAGGAGCGCUUUUAUUAGAGUAGUGUUCUUAAAUACAGAUUAAAAAAAGCACAUUUAUAUAAAACGAGGCAAUGAUAGGUGGAGCUAUUCGAUAUUUAUAGACCUACCCUUAUAAUUUUUUAAAUAACUAUGAUAUUUAUGAUAAUAAGAUAUAUAACAACGAAGCUUAUUUUUAUGGAUAAAAUAUUGGAUCAUAUAUAAGGUUAAUUUAAGUGAAAGAAGUUUUUGAAUAAUAUGUUGAUUUUGAUGAUCAAAUGAGCAUAAUUAAAAAAGAUUUUUUAGUUCAAGAUUAAAAUAUCAUCAAAAUAUUUAAUUUUACAAGUGGAAGACACUUGUAGAUUAAUUGGGACAUGGCUGAUGAGGAAAGAAGACGUCUUAUAUAAUCAGAAAUAAUCGAUUUAAAUUUAAAAAUUAUUGAAGAAUAAGACAUUAACGAAAAGGAAUAUGAAAUUAUAAAAAAAUAUGAUUUAAAAAUCAGCAAUAAAGCUGCUAAGAUAUUGAGUUAUUAAAAAGCCAUCGAAGAUAAUAUACUCCAGAUAGAUAUUAACUUAGUUGGGGAAGAGUAAGGCUAAAUAUUAGUUAAAAUAAAAUUUCCUGAUGUCCUUAUUCCUAAAAAUGAAGUUAAAAGAUCAAAGAUAAUUAGCUAAGAAGAAAUAACCUCUAAUUAAGGAGGAGAGAAUAUUUUUAUGUUUCCUCUUGAAGUUUAUUUAAUUUUAGAAAUUCGUCCCUGUUAGCAAGGAGAAACACAAAUUAUCUUGCAAUCGAGAGAAACUAAAUAUUUUAUUUGCUAGGAGUGCUUGAGAGGAACUUUUUCAAAAACUGUAAAUCCAAAUUAAGAUACAGUUUGUAAGAAAUGUGAUCCCUAAAAUUCAGAAUGCUUCAAAAACUACUUAUUUACUAAAAAGGGGUAUUGGAGAUAUAAGGAGUCCAUUUUUACUUGCCCAUAUUCAGAAAGUUGUAUUGGUGGAAAUGGUUAAGGAGAUGACCUUUGCUAAGAAGGCUACAAAGGAGCUUUAUGCUAGUCUUGUGAUUCUAAUUUCACAAGAUCCUCUAAACAAUUUGUUAGAUACGGGUUUGAUAGAUGCAUAGAAUGUGACUCUGUUGUUGAUAAAAUAUUAAAUCUUUCCCUUUUGUCAAUUCUAUUUUUACUUUUAUUAAUUGGUAUUGCUUAUUCCAGCUAUCAAAAAGGGAUUAAGAAAAUUCAGAUUUAAUAUUUGAUUAAAAUGGGCUUGCUCUCAGCAGGAAACUCAGCUAAUUUUUUUUAAUCUGUGUACUUUGCCAAACUUCUAUUGGGAUAUUUACCUAUGAUUUAGUUAUACCGCAAAUACGGCUCUUAUUUAGACACUCAUGUAUUUAAUGUCUGGAACAAGAUAUCUAUGAUAUUCUCAUAGCUUUCAUAUUCUCUUGAAUGUAUCAUAGCAAAAGUAUUUUUUAAAAUAGGUGCCUUCUACCCCUCUAGGAUAGUAGUAACUUCAGUAGGGCCUAUGAUUGUUUUGCUAACUGUUAUUUUAAUCACUUGCAUUUUACAUAAAAAAAAAUUGAUUAAAGAUCAAUUAAAAGACUCUAUCAAUACGCAAUUGAUUCUUAUAAUAGGACUUUUCUAUUCUUGCAUAGCAAUAAAUAAUUUACUUGAAUGCCUUCACUAUAUAUAGAUUGAAGAUAAGAACUUUUCACUAGCCGAUACUUCUAUAGAUGCAAAUAACGAAAGUUAUUAAAUGUUUCUUUCAUACUACAUCUCAAUAUUCAUAAUUUUCUGGACACUGCUUGUACCUAGUUUAUUGGCGUUAAAGCUUUUCAGUAUGAGAAAUUCUCUAGAUAUGAUAAAAAUGAACUGGUAGUAUGGGUUUCUCUUUUAAGAAUAUAAGAUUAAAUAUUAUUUCUGGGAUUUUGUAAAGCUUUUGGUAAGAAAUUUCAUCUUCUUUUUUGUCAACCUGAGUGGAUAAGAAUAGCUUACAGAAGAUGGAAUUCUAAUCAUAGUAACGCUUAUUCUAUAUAUUUGGAGUCUGAUUGCAUUCAUGCCUUACAAGAAGAGAAGCCAUAAUUCAAUCGAUAUAGCCCUUUCAUGCUCAUCCAUAGUUACUGCAUUCUUGACUACUUUUGGAUAUGACAUAGAAGAAAAAGAAAAAAGUCUUUUCAAAAUCUGCGAAAUAUUAACAGACUUACUAAAUAUAGUCCUAAUCAUAUUUAUUGUUCAAAGCAUGGAAAUAAUGAAUAUAAAAAGGAUGAGGCAAAAAUUUCAUAAUAAUUUGUCAUGGAAAACACUAAAAUUAUGGAAUGAAUUACGAAAAAAAGUACUUCGAUAUAAAUCUUAGUAAAAAUAAAUGAAAAGCGCUUCAUUUGACUACCUUCCAAUAUUUGAUAAUUUAGGUAAAUUAAAUAAAAUUUAUGGCAACUUUCAAAUUAAAUUUAUUUCGAAAAAGAUGAGUUAGACAAUGUACCAUGUGCUUAACCUAUAAGUUUAAACAUAAAUGCAAUUUAAGAAAAUGAAUAACCUCUUCAAAAUGAUUCCUUAAAUUAGCCAUUCUUGUGUAGUUUUGAUGGCUAGCUAUGAUUUUAUCAUCCCUUGGUUCUAUCAAAAAUCUCUUUAAAAAGUAAAAGCAAAGCUAGCAAUGUAAAUUAAAAAGAGACCAGCGUAAUAAAUAAAGAGGUUUAUUAUAGGAUGUCUUUUAGAUAGAGAUAUAAAUAAAAAUAGAGCUAGCUAGCUUUCAAGCUACCUUAAUUUGUAAAAAAUUAUAAUUGAGAUUACUUUUACAUAAAAAUAAAAUGAAAUGCUUAAGAAAAAUAUAUCUAUUUAAAAUUUAUUUUAGACAAAUUAUUUAUGA